UGAACACGGUAAUUUGAGUGAAAAUACGGUAAAUUUUAGCUAUGUUUACGGUAUUUUCUUCCCGCAAGGUUGGCAACACUGAUUGUAAAUAAUUUCGAUUUCGAAAAGUCAAAGUCUAACCUUACUUUUACACGUUUAUUUUUUCAUUGUUUUUAUUUAAAAUCGACCAAUUUAUGGCUGACUGAAACCCACGUACUUUAAAAGGUGUUUCAACAUCAGCAGCUGAAAAAUGAAGAAUGCAAAAAGGGGGUCGUUUUCUCAGUCUGAGACAGAUUUGGUCAAAAAUAAAACGAACGGUGAUUCUUUAGUUUCGGAAUAUGAUACAACCAAGAGGAAAAGAAAAGCACAAGCCGAAAUUGAUUUAGGUGUAGACAGUGGGGCAUCAAAAAGACAGAAGAAAAAUAAACGCUUGUCUCAGGAAAGUGUGAUAGUGGAGGAAACCUCACAGCCCCCAGUUUCCUCAAAAAAGAAGAAAAAGAAGAAAUAUGUCGAUCAGAGUGAGGUUGAGGAACAGCUGCCCCCAGUUGAGUUUGAAACACAUGAAGAGAAUACAAAAAAGAAGAAACAUAAGAAGGAAAGAAAAGAAAAUAUUACUUCUAAAAAGAAGAAACAUGUAGAUAAUGAGAUCCAAGUUGAAGCAUAUUCAGAGGAAGAUACAAAAAGGCACAAACAUAAAAAGAAAAAAUAUGAAGAUGAUCAGAUUGCAGACAGUGAAAGUGAUGCUUUAGUUGCACCUAAAAAGAAGAAAAAGAAACGCAAAAAUGAACACGAAGUGAUAAAAGAAGAGAAAAGUAAAAUAAAGGAAGAGAAGACUGAAAGAAAACGAAAAAAGCAAGAAAACACAAAGUGGAGUGUCAUUUUUUCUGAUUAUAAUUUUGACACAGAUGAUGAGGACCGAUUAAAAGAAGAGGUUGCUUGGUUGGAAGCAGAGGCGGAGGAAAUAAAAGAAAAAAAUCGAUUAAAUAGUGCAGAAGAAAAGAAACUUAGUGAAUUAAGAAUAAAUGUUCCAUGGCCGGUUCCUCCUCUUCAUAUGAUAGAAACCCGAAUAACCAUGAGACCAAAUGAACAACAGAAAAAGGCUAUAGAGGACCUGGGGGUACCGAUUAAGUCGGCGACUUAUUAUAGUAAGACUGAAGAUGAGCAGAUUACCAAAAACUGGAAAGAAUUUUGCAAAAUGCACGAUCUCCCUGAAGACCCCAAACCCUUCCACAACACGGUGAAUCCAGACGGUCAGGUAAUCAUUUCAUUGCCGGAAAGGCUGAAUUUCGCUCGAUUUUUAGCCCACAACCUCCACGACCGCCUCCUGUGUUCAGUGUACAAGAGAUUUCGCCGGUUAUUCCCUCAGCAACAACAGAAAACCGGAAGUCGAUUUACGCCGGAAGAGGACGCCAAAAUCGUCAAAUACCUGGCAAAAUCGUCCAGCAGGACACCGUGCGCAGACUUGGGGGCUUUACUGGGCCGAAACAAGGACGCCAUAGAAAAACGGGCCCGCAUUCUGAAGGAGGAGGCCAGUUUUGGGAACCUCGACGUUAAAUGGGACACCGAGAGGAUCCAAGAGUUCAUAAAUCACGCUGUGGAGGUCACCCAAGUGAAGAAAGUGAAGCAUCUGAAGAAACGGGAAAUCACGACUGAAGAAUGGCGCCGUUUAGAGGAGAGAUUGCGCAUCCCAGUGCGCAAAUUACAGAAAGGGUGGGCGUGCCGGAUUUACCCGACGUUGUUUGUGAAAGUCCACGCAAGCACCAUGCAAGUGAAAGAGAGUCUCAUACGGCUAUUAGUACAGAGGGGUGAACGUGAUUUUAAAACAGUCGAUUGGAAUUUAAUUCAGGAGGAGCUGGGUCAAGACGGUCAAGGUUUCACAGGGCGAGGUCUCCACGAGUUGCUACAAGGCAUGAUUUAUCAUUGCGUUCCGGUUGAGCAACGAAACGACGCAAAAGUGUGUUUAGAAUAUCUGCAACAAAUUUUAAAAAACGGGGGUAUGAGAGGCCGCAAAAUAAAAAAAAUACAUGUGAAUGACGAGAACGAGAUACUCACGUGAUGAAAUUGCAGAAAAAGGAACUAUCAACACAAAAACAGGAUACAUUCCAUAACUGGAAACCCCCACAUCCACUGCAAUGACUUUAUUGUACCUUUACAAACUUAAACUUAUUACGAAAUAAAUUUUACUUUUGUGAA